AUGACGACGACCGUCUCGACAGCGGACAUGCUGCCUCACAAAGUGUCCAGCGCACCAAGCACAGGUUCGUUGUCGAUGGAGGCAACACUACAAUCACUGUACAACCGUGCGGCGAGAGCGUUCCUUCACCGAGACGUCACAGUGACAUUCACAUUGUUGAACACUGCAUUCGCACUCCUCUCACCUCCACUAGCGCCCUCACCUGAACCCCUAGAUGCACACCGAAGAAAGUGGGACAUCCUCCGUAUCACCCUCGAGACCACUGUAUUCUCAUCAGCCCCAGACCUCGCUACUUUACCACAACCGCUCAGAGAAUCUUUACUCUUGUCUCCCCAAUCAUUUAUCUCCACUUUAUAUGCUCGUUCUCUCAAACUGUUUACUCCUUCAUCCCUUCCUCGAAAACCUAGCUCCGCGUUCCUUCCGCACCAAAUUCUUAUCACCCUCGUCGCGUCUAGCAUUAAAGUAGACUGCCCAAAUUUCGGUCGCGAGAUAACAGAAGAUUGGUUGUCGAAGCGCGGUCAAUACGACUUCAUUCCUUCCGCAGGCGAAGCAUACUACAAAGUCUUAGAAAUCUACUGCUUGCACGUCUUGCCGCGUUUAGGCGAGUGGGAAUAUGUUAGAGAAUUUCUGUCGUACGAAAACGAACUGUCGUCUGAUAAAAGACGCGAACUUUUUUUGGCGCUCGAGGCUUUACAUGCUCAAGCGCAAGAAAGUACGAGGCGAGAGACGCCAAAACCCGAAACUCCUCCUUCCCCUACGCCUGCGCUUCCACCCCGCUCUCUAUCCCCCGCCUCUUCCUCCUCAUCUCUCUCCACCACAUCCACCCGCACCGCGGUCCCAGCAUCCCCCCGUCCAAAGAUCAUCCGUCGACAAUCCACGUCUUCUGCAUCAGCAGUUUCAGACGCCACCGUAACCAGAUCCCCUCGCCACCGCCACGGCAAAAGCACACCCCGAGGAAGUCCAAGUACCAGCCUCCUUCGCGCCUCCCGCAUCCCUCGCAAUCUCCCAGUCGAUCACAGUCUCGCCACUGUGCAGCCCCCAACCUCCCUAUCGCUCAUCCGGUCGUAUUUCAGCCAUUAUUUCACCGCUAACAGAAUAGUAACUCUAUCCGUUCUGUUCUUCCUAAUCCCUCUUCUGUCUUUGAUUAUCCGGAGGCGGCGGCGCAUAGAAACACCCGCGGACCAGGUACGAAGGAGGCUAUUGGAAGCGCGUGGUGAUUCUAUUGCGAGACAGUUGUGGAAUGAGUUGGUGAGGGCGGUUCUGGACACGGUCAGGAUGGGUGGUGGAGGACUUGUAUAG